AUGAGUCGAGAUGCAUUUCUCGCUCGUAUGGCCAUGGGCCGAUCAGUGUACGAGGCUCCAACAGAAGAUUCAGAAGCAGCUACACGGUUAGCGAGACCUGGUGAGCAGCAAUACAACACCAGAGGUGAACCUGUCUGUCUAGCCACCAAACGCCAAAAAGAAGCCAUGAUAGCAGCCUCAAACGAAGUUCUGGCAGCUGUAGGCGUAUGCGAAAAGAAAGAUGCACUCGUUGAUUGUCUGGACGAGGACCUGCCUGAAGAUCAACAGCGAGUCCGGCUCACAGAUCACGAAUGGAAGAUUGUCAGAGAAGGCGAAGAUGACUACGGCGAGACCAUCCGUAUGGUUGCAGAGACUUCGAGAAAUUUCUUGACCUGGUGGGUGAUGAGCCUGCGGAGAAGGAUACAAGUUGGCUUCAUCUCAUCCAACCUCAGUUUUAUCGACAUUCUUUGGGGCGAAUGGACAUCCUUCACCAGUAACGGGUUUCUCGGUGCUAUCCGGUAUCUCACGGUUGGAGGACUGGCAGAAGUCACAUCACAACUCAUGCUAACUUUUGUUGACUGGUAUCUGGGCGAGCAAGUCAUGAAGAUCAGCAAGAAGAUCAUCCAGCUAAAAUCUAGCACUAGGAAACGCUUUUUGCUACUCAAAUGUGUAAAUUACACUUAUCAGGCCACAAAUGCCUUGCUCCAUCUCUUGGUGUACCCGUUAGCUUCCUUCUCUUGCCUGCAACAACUCGGCCUUAUAUCCUCAAAGACGCUCCUACCUUCCAAGUCCUGGUUGAUACCAUGGAGCCCUUCGUCUCCAGUUCGCUGGGCCUUCUUCGAACAAAAACAAGUCGGGAGCUCGAGAACGAUGGGAUUGUUACUCUCACCAGCAGCUCUUUGGGUGACUAUGACUCUACUUCAACAUUCUGCCGCCUCAGCCUAUGGUCAUGUGCCCCUGUUCGAGUACAGCUGCAUCCUAGGUCCUCACAAUGUCGCCUCAUCGCAGCAGACAGCCGACUCGAAAACCAGUUUCGCAACACCCUUUUCCCGACUUCGAGACAGUGCACUGCAACUCCUGGGCUGGGGACCCAUUCCCUCUGCCUCAGAAAAUAAGUCACAAGACUUGUCACGGGAGUCGAGUGUGCGCAACCCUGCAAGCACAGCACUAAACGCACAUCAUGGUCCGACUGCAAGACACCGAGUCACCGAGCUAUCAACCCUACCCUCGAACCUUCUGGCCUUGAAUCUUGACUAUCUUUUCUGGACCAUCAUCAUGCUCCCGCUGGAGAUUCUGCAUCUCACUUCUCUCUUGUCGGCGUUCUCCUCGACUCCGGCAGCAAGAAUGAGUGUUGUGGAUGGCGGGUUCGUAGGAGUGGUGCCAAACCUCGCAGCAUCUAGGAUGGCAAGAAUGAACAAGAUAGGCUUGUGUCUGGCAUUGGAGUUUACGCUUGAUACGGCAGUCUGGGGUGGAGCAUUCGUCUGGGCAAAAUAUGUCGGUACUUCCAGAUACUACUGGGGACGCACGUGA